AUGGGCAACAGAAAUAAAAGAAACGAUAUUCUGGAGGAAGUACACAUCAUCUCUACCGUGAUUGAAAAGAUUUGGCUCACCAUUCUCUUCAUAUUGCGAAUGCUUGUUCUGGACACAGCAGCUGAAGAUAUCUGGAAUGAUGAGCAGCCUGGCUUCACCUGCAACACAAAACAACUGGGUUGCAGAAAUGUGUGCUAUGACCAGGCCUUUCCUAUCUCUCUCAUUAGAUACUGGACUCGGAAGGUUGUAUUCGUAUCUUCACCAUCUCUGGUCUACACAAGCCAUGCUUUGUACCAACUAAGAGCUCUAGAGAAAGAGGGGCAGAGAAUGAAAACUCAAGUAAGAAGAGAACUGGAUGGGUUAGAGUUUGCAAUGCCUGUGGAGAGAGAGCUUUGUCAGUUGGAACAAAAGAAACUAAAUAAAGCUCCACUCAGAGGAACUUUGUUUUGCACUUAUGUGUUAUGUAUUUAAGUUGGACUCAUGAUUGGACAGUGAGAGGCUCUGUGUAAAUGUCAUGGCCACCCAUGUCCAAAUAUAAUUGAUUUUUUUGUCCUAAGACCAACAGAACAGACAGUAUUUCUAUUAUUUAUGCAACCCAUAGCCAUUAUUUCACUUUUAUUAAACAUUCUAGAAAAUUUCCACUUAGGUUUCAAAAAGAUUAAGAGGGUGUAGGGUCAGUAUAAAGUGAAUGAUAAAUAUAAUAAAUUCUAUGCAAACAAGUCAAAACAAAAUCUAGCCAAGUAUUAGUACACAUCUGCAAGAAUGUCUUCUGCACCUGAUUACUAACUGCUAGUGGAAAUGCAAGCACACUAAAGUUUAAAUUCAUCUUCUGUAUUUCAGACAGAUUCUGACAAUCAUAGCAUAAAUGAUGAGAAAUGCAUUUUGGAUGAACAGGAAACUAAUGAGAUGUACACACUUGGUAUUAACUGCAAUCACCUUCAACACAUCAGCAAAAACACAAAACACAACAUAUUUAGAAAAGAAGUUACUGGUAGCCACUUUAGGGAAAAAAGAGAAAUUGAUGGCAAGAGCAAAAAGAACAAUUGUUGUAGAGGUCACAGUUGUCUUCUCAGUACUGCUAUGGAAACAGACCACUACACAGGGCAGUCACCUCCCACAGCUCUCUCCCGGCCAGCUACCUGCAUCUGGAAAUUUCAGAGGCUUAGUGCUACGUGGGGUCCAUCUACAGAAAAUGAAAACCAGGGUUCAUCUUCUAAAGCCAACUUCAAGGGCCUGUUCACAGAGGGUACAAUCAGAACCGCUCCUCCUUCUCAGGGAGUCAGUCUCUUGAUAUUAAACACUCCUGAUUCUUUGGCAGAAUUGUCCACUGUUUGUCAGAAGUUGAAACAAUCCUACUAA